AUGAAGAGUCGUGCGCUGUUUCUGAAGAAUCGAAGUCAAAAGAUGCUGAAAGAACGUCUCAGCAAAUAUCGUUUGGUGAGUCCUCGAUUGAAUACGAGCGCUCUGGAUGAUCCGAUGACAUCCGACACGACGAUAAGAACGCUUGCGAUCACAAGGAAAACGUCCUCAGUUGCACGUCGUCUAGCAGAUUUGAAUCGAUCACAGAAUAAGGCCGUCACUAGUGAGUUGUUAUUGUUAAGAGCUUGUGUUUUUCUACUCACAUCGUUGAUUGUGAUCAAGCUUUAG